AUGUUACAUUAUGCCCAUGAACUAAGAUUCGAUUUAUUUUUAAUUAAAGCUUAUAAAAGAUUAAUAUUAAAGCAAAGAGGUAUUUUAGAAGAACGAGAUGGCAGCAAUAAUUUCACAACUAAUACAACACUAGGGAAUAAUGCGGACAAUGUAGUUAUUAUCGAUAUAGAGGAUUAUCAUAACCUGAAACCUUCCACGUUGAAAUCAGAUUCUGAUUUUAAAAAACUAAAAAACGCUGAAAUAUUCGAGAGUAUUGCUUAUAUAUACAAGAAAUGUUAUUUGCAGCAGAACAACAACAACAGCAACAAUGGUUUUGAGAAUAAGGGUAAUGAUAUUAGCACUACGAGUAGUAUAAUAAGCAACCACACAGGUCACAACGAAGGUGAUACACCUGGCAACAAUAUUAUGGUAAAUAAAAACAACGGAAAAAACCGUAGCAGAACUAAUAGUGUUAAUAGUAAUAAUAGUAAUACACACAUGCAUCCCGGAAGUUCAGCAUUGCAAAGUAAUAAUAAUAAAAUCCAAGAUUUUGAUUACAUGAUGAUGAAUUCUACUACCAGAUUGCCCAAAUCUUCAAUUGAAAUUUACCAGAAAUUUUGCCAGAUAAUCAGAGAAUUGGAUUUGAAUUAUUCUGAAUCCAUAUAUUCUAAAUACUUUAUUAAAUUAACCUCGAAUUUAUUGCAGAUCAAAUCGGAAAAGGAGUUAAUGUUUGACCCUAUAUGGAAUUCAAUUCAUAUAAACUUUAAUAAUAUACCCUGUACUAGCGGUGGCAGUACAUAUAGUAAUAGCGGAAACAAUAGUGCUGCUAUGUCUAAAAAUAAUUCUAUUAAUUCUACCAUGGCCAACAAACAAAAAAAUAAUAACACCAAUAGUUCACGCGCAACGACAAUAACUGCUGCUACUACCACUUCUAAUAAUACUAAUACUACUGCUAAUAAAGCCACUAAUAAUACAAAUUUAGACUAUCUUAAUGGAAUAAUACCUGCAGAACAAAAUUUAUUAUUAAAUCAAGAAUUAUUACUUAAGGUUAAAAAAUUGCAAAAAGAAAGAAAAGUAACUAAAAAGGGGUAUUACACUACACCUACAAGUCCUUCUACAUCAUGGAUGAAUAAUUUUCUAGCAAGUACUACUAAUAGUAUGGGGCACAACAACAACAACGACAACAACAAUAAUGAUAAUGCUACUGAUGCCGCUACAAAUACUGAUAUAUCUGAAUUAUUUACAAAUAUGAGUGCUAAUACAAAUGGUACAAGUAGUAAUGGAUUUAUCAAUAUCAAUAAUACAAGAACCAAGAAUAAACAGUUUAAUGUCAUUCCCACUUCUAAAAGAAGAAGAAGAUAUACCAAUUGUGCACACUAUACAAACAAUUUAAGUAAUAUGACAAAUUUUAAUACGGGCAUGAAAAAUAAUAGCGCGUUUGGUACGAACAACAAUAAUAAAUAUAUGAAUUCUUCCAAAUACGGCAGUUUCAGCUAUGCGCCUUCCUUGAAUGAAGAUGACUACGAUAAUUUUAGAGAUGAUAGUAAUAGCCGGAAUAUUACCACAAGCAAUAGUGCAUCUAGCAAUACUAAUAAUAUUGAUGUAGAUAUUAAAGAAUUGUUAAAUUUUGCUAAUAAUACUAGUGGCAAUAAUACUGCCAAUACUCAUAAUUCUAUAAAUAAUAAAAAUAUAAUACAGGAAGAAGAAGAAGAAGAAGAGGAAGAACAACAACAACAACAACAGCAACAAAAUGAUGAUUUUAAUAAUAAUGAUAUUAAUGGACAAGACUCUUUAAUGAAUAAUAAUACAAAUCCACUUAAUACUACACCCAUUAGACACCAUAGAACAACAUCAUCCACCUCUACCUCUCAUAGAAGUAGUAUUAUAACACAAAGUCAUGGUAAUAAAAUGUUUAUAAAUAAUGGAAGUACAAAUGCAAAUACUAAUGCGAUUCUUGAUAACGUCACUAAUAACAUUAAAAAAAUAAUAAUAAUAAUAAUAAUAAUGCAAUAA